AUUCACGUAGUUCAUUACUCGGCUGAGUAUGACAGUAUAAGUGAAGCCGUACAACGACGUGGAGGACUGGCCGUGUUGGCUGCCUUUAUUGAGGUUAGUUUUGGGCUGUCACGAGCAAUGGUGUUUUUGUUUUUUUUUAAAUCAAACUGGAUAGUAUUUGCAGGCUUAGUGCUGUGGAUGGUUAGACCAAUGCUUUCUGCUGCAACACCUACAUUCACACACGAUGCAUACAGGUCUGCAUGCACACACUACACACAAUCAUUUAGCAUUUACAGACAAUACAUACAAUCCAUCGGAAUCCACACAAUCCAUAUACAUUCGCAUACUACACACAACACAUACAAUCAGUCUGCAAACAAACUCAAAACCCACAUUUCAUCAGUAUUCACCCACUACAUGGGUAUGUUGUGGCCACCCCAAUGAGAAGAGGGGUUUCGCCAGGAGAGAUGUUCUUUCCCCCCAGCUGGGUACCUUCACAAUGGACCGCUUCCUAGCUGGAAUAGGGGGCAAACCUCGACACUUUUACCCUCAGUCAGGGCUUGACUGGGGUUCCUGGAACCGCUCCCUGCUGGAGCCGACUGGGGAAUUGGCUCUAGACACCCCCAGGCACUGGACGACACUCAGUCCUGGGAUCUCUAGUCUUUACAAGGACUUUCCCCGUUUAAUCCCCUGCAAUCUGGAACAGCAGACACAGGAGUAAAUCUUCUUUCCCUCCAAUAACAGGACGACACACAGUUUUGGAGUGUAAGCUGGAAUCUCUGUUUAAUGGCACACACUGUUCUUUUAUACAAUUCCUUAGGCCAGGAGAACACCCCCCUGGACCUGAUGGAGCACUGAAUUGCAAGAUGUACAAACCAAUAAAAACAAUGUACAGUGUCUGACACUCCCACAUACAGUAAACAAUCCCUCCCCUCUGCCUGUGAUAUAAUUAAAGUAGUUAAUACAAUAACCUAAUUAUCCACAGGCAGAAAAACACACAUUUUCCCCAAAGUACACAAAACACCCCAAAACAUAACAUGUCCCCAUAAAUAUUACAACCCAUAGUAGCCCUGAUCUAGGUGAACAAUGUAGCGGAGAUGCAAUAUUCCCCAGGUUAUCUCCGCUUAUAAUCCAAGUGAGGCUCAGGAACAAGUAAAUAGUAAAUCCACAGGCAAGGUUUCCAGCAGGUAAAAUACAGCAAUCUCCCCACAGCAAUCCCAAUAACUGGACGACACACAGUUUCAGGAGCAGAACUGAAAGCUUUUAAUCCACAGUCUCCUUAUAAAGCAUGCUCCCAUGCAAGGGAGGGAUUUACACUCAUUAGUACAGUAGCCAAUCCUGUCCUGGUAACCUCCCACACAUCUCCUCCCCUCAGCCAGCAUCAUAAUCCCCUUAUCCAGUACAGCAAUUCCCCCCGAUUCUGGAUGUACCCCUAAACGUAGGGGUACCCCUUUAAAUCCUACAUCACCUGAUAGCCCUGAUCUGGGUGAACAACAUAUCCAAAAAUCACCCAGAUCAGACUAGGGGUUCGGGAAAUCUAUGGAGGGAAUAAAAUGACCGACCGCACUGGAGUCCUGGAGUAAGGGAACAAGCUGCACGAAAGCCUCUAGCUAUAGAGGCUAGGGAGGGUUUGCCUAAAUCCCCUCGUUCGGUUCUUUCUAUCUACCGAACAAGGGGCCGUUCGGUAGAUAGGAACCGAACGGACCGGGCUUGUGGAGGUUUCAGCGGUGUUCGCCUAGUCGAGUGUCCGAUUUGAGUUCCAGACACUCGACAGCAAAACACCGCUGUUCGGGAGUUUUAAAAUGGCCGCCGCCACAUGUUCGUUUGUCGAAUGGCGGCCACCCCUGAGAACAAAGGACGGCUACUUAACUUGUCAAUUACACGUUUGCAACAAUGUUGCAACGGGUGAUUGAGGACACACUUCACACAGGGGAGGUCUGGUUGUUCGGUAGUUUCAUUCCCUUAGUUUAUUCGAAUGAUUCUACCGAACAAUCAGAGGAAUACAGUUCUUUUAAACACAUAUAAAACCAGCAGAUCACACGAAUGCAGUUAUUCACAAGACAUUUGCAGGACAGCCCAGUGCCAUCCGCUACAAACAACAUAUCCAAAAAUCACCCAAGCAGGGGUUCAGGAAAUUCCUGGAAGUCUCUUUUGACUGACCGCAUGAUUUCAUGCCCAAAACAGUUCCAGAGAAUUAGGCUGUGCGGACGGUCUAUUUCGGUAGUUUGCAAAUGAACAAACUACCGAACUGAGUCAGUAGUGUUACCCUGGAGCUUGUUCCCUUCAUUCAGAUGAAUUAUCUCACCGAACAGUGCCCUUCUAAGCUGAAUAGAAAUGAAUGCAGGCAAAGAUGGAAAUCCAGCGGUGUUCUGGAGUUUCUGUAUCCGAUUUUAGUUCCAGGAGAUUCAUGCCCAAACACCGCUGCCUGCAUUCAUGCGAACAAGAUGGCCGCCACCUCAUGGUUGUUCAUAGGAAACGCGGCCACCCAGACGAACAAUUAGAACACUGCAGUGAGAAACGUUCCAAGUUGUUAAUAGGUGUUAACAAGCUCCAGGGUGGUCUCUGUUCGUGCGGUUGUUCGGAAAACAAACCAUAUAGUCCCAAUUGCACGAACAGAACCUGUUUGAAGUUUAUUAACCAAUUCUGUUGCAGGGACCAUAGUCACAGGGUAAAAGGCUGGCAAGUAGUCCCCUCCAAGAACUCGUGGCAAAUUCAGCUAAAAAGGGUAGUUUUCCACAAGCAGCUCUUACAAGAGCUAGUGAUUUAGCACUCCAAGCAGAAGAGAGACAGCUGUUGUAGCUUUCUCCCACAAAUAUUAGACGAGGCUCUAUGCCAUUAGAUAACUGGUUUUAAUGGGGCCACACACAGCCUUUUAUAUCAAUCCCCAUGCAAUGGGCACUCCCCACUGGACCUGAGAGUAGACUACAGUAGAAACAAAUGCACAGUUACAUUGGCUCUCAGGUCCAGGACACUCGCGUACAGAAUAAGAUAAACCCUUCCCUGUGCCUCAAUCAUCUCUAGGCCCAGAGAACAUACAUUUUAGCAGUACCCUCAAAACCUAUGGAAACCCCACAAAAGUUAUAUGUGGGGGACCAACAUAUCGAUAUAUCUCCCAGAUCGGUUCAGAGGUUUGAAAUUUCCAUGGAGGUCACAUUUUGACUGACCACACACGAGGCUCCUGCCCAAAAGAGUUCCAUGAAAUCAGGCUGUGCAGUCUGUCUCUUUCAGUAAUACACAAUACAGUCAAAAUACCGAAUGUAGGGGUUCGUGGGUCUGAUCAAUCUGUUUCUUGUUCGGGAGCUUGUUCCCACCGUGAAAACAAUGAAUGAAGCGCAUGGUGAGAACAAUGGAUGGCGGCCAUUUUAACUCACAGACACUGUUUGGACUUUUCUAGACGGUGCCAUCUCGCCGGUAUUUGGUGCACAAAGACAUCAUGCAGUAGUUUUAAAUUAUACAACAGGGGACACAUUAUAUAGUAAUUAUUUUUCAUAUAGCCUGUAUAUGUUCUGCGGAAUCUGCAUUAAACUGUAUCUUCCAAACUACUGAACGGAUCUGUGGUUCACCCAGAUCCCCCGGUUCCGAGGAUAUACUUUUAUAUAUUUUUUAUGGGGUUAUUGCAUGUUUUGGGGUCCCUGUGAUAUGUUUUAUAAUACUGUAUUUCUCUGCCUGUGAUAAUUGUGUUCAGUAAUCAUAUCACAGGCAGAGGGGAGGAUUUAUGUGGGAGUGUCUGUGUGUAUUGUACUGAUUGAUUGGUUGUAUUUCAAAACCCUGUGGGCAAUACUAUGUUUGUGGAUUGUGAAUAAAAGAGGCUGUAUGUGCCAGUACAGUCAGUUCUACUUCACCCUCAAUUUGGAGUGCCGUCUCUUAUUGGGGGAAUCUGCUACAAGGGAUUGCUAUGCUCUGCAUAUUCCCUUGCUAUAAUCACUCCUAAGCUCUUGUAAGAGCUUGUUCCUGUUUUGCUCUCUGGAGGAGUCUACGGUGGUUAUGGUGUCUGCUGCAGUGCUUGGAGUUCUCAGGAAGCACUAGGAGCAUCCUUCAACGGAGGUACCCAGUCGGGGUGCCAGGUGAUCCGUUACACUUCCCGCACCCACAGCCUCCCAGAACCUAUAGCCUUCCCGCGCCCACAGCCUCCCAGAACCUAUAGCAUCCCAGCGCCCACAGCCUCCCAGAACCUAUAGCAUCCCGGCGCCCACAGCCUGCCAGAACCUAUAGCCUUCCUGCGCCCACAGCCUCCCAGAACCUAUAGCCUUCCCGCGCCCACAGCCUCCCAGAACCUAUAGCCUUCCCGCGCCCACAGCCUCCCAGAACCUAUAGCCUCCCGCGCCCACAGCCUCCCAGAUCCUAUAGCCUUCCCGCGCCCACAGCCUCCCAGAACCUAUAGCCUUCCCGCGCCCACAGCCUCCCAGAACCUAUAGCAUCCCGGCGCCCACAGCCUCCCAGAACCUAUUGCCUUCCUGCGCCCACAGCCUCCCAGAACCUAUAGCCUUCCCAUGCCCACAACCUCCCAGAACCUAUAGCCUUCCUGCGCCCACAGCCUCCCAGAACCUAUAGCCUUCCUGCGCCCACAGCCUCCCAGAACCUAUAGCCUUCCCGUGCCCACAGCCUCCCCGAACCUAUAGCCUCCUGGCGCCCACAGCCUCCCAGAACCUAUAGCUUUCCCGCGCCCACAGCCUCCCAGAACCUAUAGCUUUCCCGCGCCCACAGCCUCCCUACCAGUAUCAGUACCCCUACCAGCUUGCCUCCUCAGCCACUGCAUCUGUAGGCUCCUUUGUUGUGUUGUUGUCUGUUGUUUGUAUAGCUUGUGUUGUUUAACCCCUUAAAUACACAACUUCUGGAAUAAAAGGGAAUCAUGAUGGAAUAUUCCGUCAUGUGUCCUUAAGGGGUUAAUAAAGCCUGCUUGGAUGUAUUGUCUGUAUUGUAAUGCAGAGCUCAGGUUUGUUCUAUUUUUGUUCUUUAUUUGUAUUGGUUAUAUUGUAAUUGAUUGUGUUAUUGUGUACCGUUGAUAUUGGUGUGUUAUGUAUUGGUUGUGUAUUGGUUGCUUGUGCUAUUAAUGUUUACAUAUUAAACCUUUAGGUAAAUUAUAAAUGUUUUGUUUGACUGUUAAAGGAGGGGACUGAAGAAAACCCAAAUUACGAGGAACUACUUUCCUACUUGGAGAAUGUGGCAGAGGAGGGUGAGACCUGA